CCCCUUCCCCAUCACCCCAGUGAAGGUGAAGAAGCCAAUCCAGACCAAGUUCCGCAUGCCCGUCUUCAACUGGGUGGCACUGAAGCCGAGCCAGAUCGAUGGCACCGUCUUCACCGAGCUCAACGACGAGAAGGUGCUGCAGGAGCUGGACAUGAGUGACUUUGAGGAGCAGUUCAAGACCAAGGCGCAGGGCCCCGGCUUGGACAUCAGCACCCUCAAGGCCAAGGCCACACAGAAGGCUCCCAGCAAGGUCACUCUCAUGGAGUCCAACCGAGCCAAGAACCUGGCCAUCACCCUCCGCAAGGGCGGCCGCAGCAUCCAGGACAUCUGCACGGCCAUCGAGACGUAUGACCAGCAAACCUUGAGCCUUGACUUCCUGGAGCUGCUGCUGCGUUUCCUGCCCACCGAGUACGAGCGGACGCUCAUCGGGUGGGGGGGGCCCCCCCAGCCGCUGGAGGAGCUCUCGGAAGAGGAUCAGUUCAUGAUCCGCUUCAGCAAGAUCCCGCGCCUGGCCGAGCGCAUGAACGUCAUGAUCUUCCUGGGCAACUUCAACGACACGGCCCAGCUGCUCAUGCCCCAACUCAACGCCAUCAUCGCCGCCUCCAUGUCCCUCAAGUCCUCCAGCAAACUGCGCAACAUCCUGGAGAUCGUCCUGGCCUUCGGGAACUACAUGAACAGCAGCAAGCGGGGGGCAGCCUACGGCUUCCGCCUGCAGAGCCUGGACGCGCUGCUGGAGAUGAAGUCAACAGACCGCAAGCAAACGCUGCUGCACUACCUGGUGCGGGUGAUCAUGGAGAAGUACCCCGAGCUGACGGGCUUCCACACCGAGCUGCACUUCCUGGACAAGGCAGGCACAGUCUCCCUGGACAGUGUCCUGCAGGACGUGCGGAGCCUGCAGCAGGGGAUGGAGCUGACCCGCAAGGAGUUCAUGCGGCAGGACGACAGCCCGGUGCUCAAGGACUUCCUCAAGGUCAACUCAGAGGUGAUGGAGAAGCUGCAGGCUGACAGCAAAACCGCCAAGGAGGCGUAUGAGUCGGCUGUGGAGUAUUUCGGGGAGAACCCCAAGACCAGUCCCCCCACCACCUUCUUCCCCAUGUUCAUGCGCUUCAUCAGAGCCUACAAG